CGUUGUGAUUGUACCACAGUGUGCAGCUUUGAAAACAGCCCAUUAUGAUAGCGACACUGUAGCUGUGUGAUAAAGUUCAAACGUGUUAAACAAAUAAACGCAGCUCGGAGCGGCUAAAUGCUGCAAGCUGUUAGCAUUAGCUCUCCGGUGAGAUAAAGAGUCUCCUCGGCUGUUCAUCUCAGGCUGCUCACAGCUUAGUGUCAGCUCAGAGAAGAGGCAGCUAUGCGGAGCUGGUCACCAAAUACCAGGAAAACUACACAGAGGAAAUAACUUUUUAUUGAUUUAAAGCCAAAAGCAGCUCGUCUGUUGCCGGAGGGAGGUUAAAGAUGAGUGGCCAUAAACUGCUGAAGCUGUGGAGUUCAGGAAGAAGCAGAUGGAGACUCCACGAAGGUAUCAGCAGAUGUGGAAAGGCUUGUUAUUCAUCCUGUAUUCCAAAGGUGUGUAUAGUUGGAAGCGGUCCAGCAGGUUUCUACACAGCACAGCAUAUAAUCAAGGCUCGUCAAGAUGUUGAUGUGGACAUUUAUGAGAGGCUGCCUGUACCCUUUGGCCUUGUCCGGUUUGGAGUGGCCCCUGAUCAUCCAGAAGUCAAGAAUGUCAUCAACACAUUCACACAGACAGCCAAACAUUCACGCUGUAGUUUCUAUGGCAAUGUGAACGUGGGUAAAGAUGUGAGCGUUGACGAGCUGCAACAAGCCUACCAUGCUGUCGUACUGAGUUAUGGUGCAGAGGGAAACAGGAGUAUGGGAGUGCCAGGGGAAGACUUGGCCGGGGUGUACUCUGCCAAAGACUUUGUGGGCUGGUACAAUGGGCUGCCUAACUGUCGAGAGCUGAGUCCAGACUUGAGUUGUGAAACAGCAGUGAUCCUAGGUCAAGGUAACGUGGCCUUGGAUGUAGCAAGAAUUCUGCUAUCUCCCAUUGACAGUCUGAAGAAAACUGACAUCACCCAGCCGGCCCUGGAGGCUCUGGCAGAGAGCCAAGUCUGCAGGGUACUGAUAGUCGGGAGGAGAGGCCCGAUGCAGAUAGCCUGCACCAUCAAGGAGCUCAGAGAAAUGGUGAACCUGCCAGGCACCAGACCUGAGAUGGUAGCGACUGAUUUUGAGGGAGUUGCAGAGGCUCUUAAAGAUGUGCCGAGGCCCAGGAAGCGUCUGACUGAGCUGAUGCUGAAGACAGCCCUAGAGAAACCGGGAGAGAAAGAGCAGGAAAGACGGAACAAGGCGUCUCGCGUCUGGGGCUUCCGAUUCUUCCGGAGCCCCAUCGAAGUCCUGGCCGACCCCAGCCAGAACAAAAUAGCGGGCAUCCGACUGGCAGUCAACAAGCUGGAGGGUUCAGGUGAGGGAGCCCAGGCUGUGCUUACUGGAGAAGAGGAGGACGUGCCCUGCGGUCUUGUCGUGAGCAGUAUUGGCUACAAGAGCCUCUCCAUCGAUCCGUCAGUGCCGUUUGACUCCCACAAAGCCAUCGUCCCAAACAUCAUGGGCCGCGUUCAGCAAGCUGCAGGUCUAUAUUGUAGCGGCUGGCUGAAAACAGGCCCCACAGGUGUGAUAGCCACCACCAUGAACAACAGCUUUGACACUGCACGAUCUCUAAUGGAGGACAUGGACUCAGGAAUGUUGGAUUUAUCUGCUGCCAAGCCUGGUUCACAAAGCAUUAGUGUACUGCUGGAAAAGAGAGGAGUAAAACCAGUAACUUUCUCAGACUGGGAGAAGAUUGACAAUGUGGAGAUGACAAGGGGUGAGGCCAGUGGAAAACCCAGAGAAAAACUGCUGAAUGUGGAGGAAAUGCUGCAGGUGGCUCGGACAUGACUGAAUGCAACAAAGGAUUUCUAUUUGAACACUAACUGUUGCAAUAUUAAAAUAGCAGCACUGAUACAAUAUCGGUGGGGACCUCAUUGACACUCAACAAUGGGAACAGAGAAUUGAAUGGCAAUUACUCAUACACACAGUACACAUUAACAUCUAGUAAGGACUGUCAGUUUUUACCUUGUUCAACAGUAUCAAUUCAAAGCACUGAAAGACUGAGACCUGUUGCACUUAAAAACAGAAAUCUGUUGGAUGCCAUUCCUAUAGAAUUUGUGCACUGUAUGUCUGUUAAUAAAAACUGGUCACUGAAACAUUUUUACAUUUAACAUGACAUUUGCCAUAAUUAAAGUCUUUCGUGCAAAAUGAAA